UCUUUUAAUCUUUAUUCUUCUGGAAAGUUAUUCCAAUGUACAAUCCCCCUCUUUGAAUCAAAUCAUCGAACAGUUCAUACCGGAGUUUAAAUCUAUAAUUCAGAAACCCCGAAACCUGAAAAGAAAAGAAAUCACUAAGAACAACAGAAUUGGCGAGGAAAAAACAAAGCUUUGAUUGAGCGGGAGAUGAUACUACCUGUAGUAAAGCUCGGGACCCUCGCGUUAAAAACCGCUUGCAAACCCAUUGCUAGUCGUCUCAAGAAAGAGGCUGGUUUACAUCCCAGAUUCCGCCAACUCAUCAUCAAUAUUGCCCAGGCAAAUCAUCGAUUCACAACCAAUAUGCAAAGACGGAUUUAUGGUCGUGCAACUGAUGUUGCGAUACGCCCUAUGGAUGAGGAGAAAGCUGUCCAGGCUGCUGCUGAUCUUCUGGGAGAGCUCUUCGUGUUCACGGUUGCAGGAGCUGCUGUUAUUUUUGAGGUACAAAGAAGCUCCAGAUCUGAAGCAAGAAAAGAGGAGCAGCGCAAACAAGAAUUGGAGGCAAUGAAACAAAAAGAUGAAGAUCUAGCACGAGAAGUUGAGCUGCUUAAACAAAAAAUUGAAGAUCUGGAGCAGCUAGCCAGAGGACGGGGAUUAGCCGGUUUAUUCCACACUAGGCACACACAUGGUGCCGAAGGUGUAAAAGCCAAACCAUCUUUGAUUAUUCCAGGAGCCAAGCUUGAAUCUGAAUUUCAACGUAAGAACUAAGUUAGCCGAGCUAUUUCGAAAAGAGCCUUCAGACGUUAAAAACGUAUUUGAGAGAGAGAGAAUAACAUUUACCUGAUAUCAUGCAAUUGGCAUGGUUCUGAAAAUCAUUCUCAGUUUGUUUUAGACAACCGGGAGUUGGAAAGUUUCAGUUUAGUUCAAGUCCCAGCAUUUGAUUGAAACAAUUGCUAUAAGGCUUGAUGUUGGAUAAUGGA